CCCCCCCUCCUCUCUCCUCACAUCCCAGCCCCCGAGUGUUACCCGGGGGGCCAUCGGACCUUGCGUAACCCCUAUCGCAGCGUGGACUUUGACUCCACAGAGAUCCAGGACACGGCCAUCCAGGACCUGAUCUGUGACCACUCGCUCCCCGCGGCCUGGUACCGGUUCAGGAUCAACAACCAGCCGGCCGAGAUGCCCACCACCUGCGUUGAGAUGAACCACUGUGGCACACAGGCUCCGGUGUGGCUCUCUCUGAAGGACGCCUCCCUGCCGACUCCCGGCGAGGUCCGGCAGCUCUCCGCCUGCGCCACCUGGCAGUUCUUCCACGGCAGCACUAAGGACUGCUGCCUCUUCCGCAUCCCCAUCACGGUGAGGAACUGCGGCGAGUUCCUGGUCUACCGGCUGCAGCCCACGCAGGGCUGCAUGGGAUACUGCGCCAAAGUUACUCCAGAUGUGGGACUCAGACCCUGCCCCCCAGGUGAGGUAGAAGUCAACGGGCGAUGCAGAGCCGCAAUCCCGUCCUUGCUGUCCCGGCCCUUCAUCACCCCGGAGCUCAUCGGCCACAGUGUUCACCUAAGGUGCUCCUUCGUCCCGCCACCCUGGAGCCAGCCCCUGGGCUUCCAGGUGGUCUGGGCCAGGUACAUUGGCCACAGCAUGAAGGCCGAGAUCAGGCAGGAAUCCACAACAAAGCCCUUCUCUCUGGUGGAGAUGGACGGCGUCCACUUCAGGCUUGGAGAGACGUUCUCCUGCAGCGUGUCGACUUUCAGAGCCAACUCCAGCCACACCAGAUCUCCUCCGAAAGAGAGCGAGGGCUUCUACGCCGGACUGAAGUUCUCCGCCGACUCGCUGCACAUAGCCGAGGACGGCAAAGAGCACGAGGUGACCGUGCACAGCACUGUGCCCGUCCCCUGCCAGGGCGCCGACCACGCUCGCCACUGUGGAGUCCCUCUGGCGCUGAGCGUCCACGACCCAGACGGCCUCGAACACGAGGCCCCGAAUGUGGCGCUUUCGACCUGUCAUGUGGAGCUUCGGCCCGGCGGCUGCGUCGAAGGCGGCUGCGGCCGGGCUGCGGUCUCAGUCACCGCCGUCACAGACUUCACGCGGGACGGGAACCGCCACAGUCUGAUCGAGGUUCUGCCCGGACCAGGCGCACCCCGGCUCUGGAGAAGCUACGUCCCGGCGUCUCUGAAAGUCACGGUCCAGGACGUUCCUACUUCCAUCUGCUACUCUCUGACCGACCCACAUGUCAUCACCCUGGACGGCAGGCGAUACGAAAACCACCAGACCGGCACCUUCGUGCUCUACCGGAGCCUCGCCAGGGACUUCCAGGUCCACUCUCGCCAGUGGGACUGCGGCAGCCGGCACUACGCCGUCGCCUGCGGCUGCGGCGUGGCGGUGCAUGAAGGGAACGACGUGGCCGUCUUCGACAUGUGCAGCGGCCGCCCGCAGGAGACCAGGCCUCGGCUCACCCUGAGGAACCUGGGCGAGGAGGGGGGCGGACGGGUCAGGGUGCUGGAGUCCCACCAGGGGAACAAGGUCACCUUGAUCUUUCCCUCCGGGGCCUUCGUUAGGGCAGAUGUCGGCGAUUGGGGGAUGAGCCUCUCCGUGCGCGCGCCCAGCGUCGACUACGGCAACACGCGAGGUCUCUGCGGGACCUUCGAUCGCAACAGCAACAACGACUUCCACGGCUCCGACGGGGUCUCCUACACCCCAGAGGACCUGCAGCGCUUCAUAGAGGACUGGAGGAUUGCUCCCGGGGAGAGUUUGUUUGACAGGACGCCUCCUGGCGCGGCUCCGGAAGUGAGGCAGACCUUCUGUCAGUGCCGGAAGGGAUACCCCGCCUCUCACCACACCGGCACAGGGAUGAGGAACUUGCACAAUCACUCAGACUGCGUGGCACACGAUGACGUGGAUUACACCUCCGUGUUUCCCUCCAUGGACACAACAGCGGAACACACGGAGAGUCCGGCGAGAGAGGAGAGCAUCCUGGAUGUGUCCGCCUUCCACGCCCAUCCUCUGGAGAGACGCAACCUGCGUCUUCACGACGACCAUCCCGACGGAGGCUGGGACCUGGACGCCCAGCUCAGGGAGGAUCUCCUGCUCGCCGCUAGCAGGCCAACGCGAGCGGCCUCGUUUGAAUUCCAGCCCGUCUUUGCCGCUCGGAGCCUCAGCCGGGCGGACCUGGAGAGCUUCGUCUACUUCUUCCCCGAGGACCACCGGGCGGGAGCCCGCCCACAGGUGCGACCUCAGUGGCCGACGCCGAGCGGCCUGACCUCAGCCAGAGCUCUCCAGGUGUGCCGGGAGGCGUUGGCCGACUCCACUGUUGGCGCGGUGUGCCGGGGGCUGCUGGGACGCCGCCUGGAGGAGGCGGUGGACCUCUGCAUGCUGGACUUGCAGCUCAAAGACGACCUGGGCUGGGACGAGGCGCUGCUGCCCCACCUGGAGAACGAGUGCGAGAGGAGGCUGUUGGAGAACCGCACCCAAAGAGCCCUGGAAUUGGCCGCCCCCCCGGCGAGGUCCGGGGAGGUGGUGAGAGCGCUGCGCUGCCCCAACUUCUGCAACGGCAACGGAGAGUGCACAGAGUGGGGGUGCCAGUGCUAUCCCAGCCACAGCUUCUACGACUGCAGCCUGGCCAUCAGUGAGUAUCAGGUCAUGUCUGUGGGGAACGUACGUCCUCUCCAUCAUCGAUCCAUAACCCCUCCCCCGACAGGCCAGCCGGUGGAGCUCACCGAUCUGGAGAACGGCGGACUGUGCGACAUCCGAGCCUUCAACUGCCGCAGCGUUCGAGUCUUCGGCCUCGGCUUCGUCGACUCCCCCGACCUCAGCUGCCACGCCAGCAGACUGAAGCAGGUGAACGGAGUUUGGGUUGAAGGGGAGAAACAGAGGACCAAAGCCACCUUCCUGAGCUCCAGGGCUCUGGACUGUGCUGUGCCGUCUCUGAGCAACGCCGCCGUCAACACGGAGGACUUCAUGAUGGACGACAAACCGUACGCACGCUGGGAGAUUAAAGUCACAAACGACGGCUCCCAGUACAGCCGGGCCAAGGUGUUGACCAUCUACGAUGGCGUGUGCCAGGUCUGCCAGGCGUCACGCUCAGGGCUCUGUAAGCUGAAGGAGAGGACGUGUAACAUCGACGGGAUGUGUUUUGCAGAAGGAGUCUCCAGUCCGAGCAGCCCGUGCCUCCUCUGUGACCCGGAGACCUCCAAAUUCAGCUGGUCUGUGAAUCAAGUCAACGAGCCGCCGGCCUUCCACCGGCCUCAAAGCGACCUGCGCACAUUCGCCGGGGAGAACUUUGUCUUCCAGUUCGCGGCGUCGGACCCCGAGGGGUCGGCUCUCUUCUUCCAGCUGGAGGAGGCCCCGAGGGGGGCCGCCCUCUCGCCCGCAGGUCUCCUCACUUGGAGGGUCCCGUCGAUGCCCGGGGAGUUGGGGCCUCAGACCUUUCGCUUGACGCUGUCAGACGAGUGCAACGCCCAGAGCACCUUCGCUGUGGAGAUCCACGUGGUGCAUUGUGGGUGUCAGCACGGAGGUACCUGUGUGACGGACGUCUCUUUCCCGGCUGGCAGUGGGAAGCACCUGUGCGUGUGUCCAGAUGGUUGGUGGGGCGUCCUCUGCAACCAGCGCGCAGACCCGUGUCGGUCGGCGCCGUGCGGCGCAGGCACGUGCGCCGUCACGCCCGGCGGGUUCAGCUGCAAUUGUCCUGCGGGGUUGAAAGGUGUCACGUGCCAGGAGGAUGUUGACGAGUGUGAAGGCGAGCCGUGUUUCCCCGGGGUCCGGUGCCUGAACACCAUCGGCUCCUACGGCUGCGGCUCGUGCCCCAAAGGCAUGCUGGGAAAUGGGACGAUAUGCACAGCAGUCACAACCACAUCUGGUCCUCGUACAACCGCCUACCGGGCCCCAGAUGUUCUGCUGAAACCGCCCGAAAUGAAGGAGACCUCAGGUGUUGGCUCACCGCAGACAAGGGCAGAGGCGGGGAAGACCGCCCCGAACCGGUCCCAAACUAAAACUGGCCCGUGGAUGAACCCGGCGCUCACCAAGGCAGGAACCUACCGGAGCAUCACAGCAGGUACGCCGGUCGCUCCCCAAACGAAGACCGGCGCUUCGGAAAGAAGCCCAGGAGUCAAAGUCGACCCGUCCACGACCACCACUUUGAAGAACAUCUCCGGGGUCAGCGACACUGCUGCAGAGAAAUCCAUUCCCGGCCAACCUGCAGGAAGUGGCAGACCAGCUCCAGGACCUGCUGCGGCUGUGAAUGUGUCGGCCACGUGUGCCAGCAGGCCCUGCUUCCCCGGCGUCCAAUGCAUCAACCGCAGGCCGCCGCAUUUGGGACACGUCUGCGGCCGAUGUCCGCCCGGUCUCUACGGCAACGGACGGGUGUGCGUGAAGAACGCCAAGGAAGCGUCCAACCACCUUCCUCAGCACCAGACCAUCCGAUCGCCGCACGGCAGCAGCAGGAGCACCGCCUCUCAGCUCCACCUGCCCAGCAGGAGCACCGCCUCUCAGCUCCACCUGCCCAGCAGGAGCACCGCCUCUCAGCGCCACCUGCCCAGCAGGAGCACCGCCUCUCAGCUCCACCUGCCCAGCAGGCACGUCACCGGAACCAACCGGGACAACGCGCUGCACCGGGUUCUUCCUUCAGGGAGGGGCGGCGGGACGGGGAGGAGGGAGGCGGUAACUGUCUCCAGAGACGUCCCCAGAACCUCCAUGGGGGCAAAGACCGACAGCACCCGCCUCAGCACCGAGCUCAGGGUCUACGGCGGAGCAACCGCCAUCGUCUCCAGGAGUCCGGUGGUUCCCCGGGGGGGGGUCUCCAAGCAGUCUGAGACAGCGUCGAAGGUAACACCGCCCGCUGCUCGCCUAUCCACCCGGCAACCCGAGCACCACCUCCCGGCCUCCACCCACGGCAAACCAUGGACCCCCCCGAGACCGGCUGUCCCUCUGACCGCGGCCCUCAGCGCUAUGUCGUACUCGCUGCCCGAGUCGGAGUUCUCCGCAGACGGGGACAACAGCGAGGGAGGAUUUGACGAACCGGAGAGGGUCCCGCCGUUGACCUUCAGCCCCCCACUGCAAAGAGCCGCCUCCACCCAGGCAGCGGUGAGGGGGGGCACCACGGCGGACAAGCGGGCGGCGACCUGCGCGGAGCGGCCAUGUUUCCCAGGUGUCCCCUGUGAACCGGCCCCGGGACGGGGUUACCGCUGCGGGCGGUGUCCCGUUGGGUACACUGGAGACGGACACGCAUGCAGAGCUGUUUGCAGGCACAUGUGCGGCCGGAACAUGGAGUGUGCAGCGCCCAACACCUGCCGCUGCAAAACCGGCUACAGCGGCUCCGACUGUCACACAGCCAUCUGUGAGCCGGACUGUGCUAACGGGGGGGUCUGCGUGGCUCCAGCUGUGUGUCGCUGCCCCACAGGGUUUCACGGAGAGGCCUGUCAGGAAGCUCUGUGCAGGUCCCCAUGUGAGAACGGGGGCUCCUGUGUGGGACGGCAGACCUGUUCCUGUCCUUAUGGGUUUGUGGGACCUCGAUGUGAGACCAUGGUCUGCAGCCGCCACUGUCACAACGGGGGCCGCUGCGCGUCUCCAGACGAGUGCACCUGCCCGUCGGGCUGGAGCGGACCAUCCUGUGAGACAGCUCUCUGCUCUCCCGUGUGUCUCAACGGGGGGUCGUGCGUCCGGCCGGACGUCUGCGAGUGUCCUCGCGGGUUCUACGGCGCGCGGUGUCAGAGCGCGGUCUGCAGCCCCCCCUGCAAGAACGGCGGUGUGUGCCUCCGGACCAGCGUGUGCUCCUGUCUGCAGGGGUACACCGGGAGGCGUUGCCAGAUCAGUGUGUGUGAGCCGCCGUGUGUGAACGGAGGCCGCUGCGUCGGCCCGGACGUGUGCGACUGUCCGUCGGGCUGGCGAGGAAAGAGUUGUGAUGAACCGAGCUGCCUGCAGAAGUGCGCCAACGGGGGGGAGUGCGUGGGAGCCGGCGCCUGCCACUGCGCGCCGGGCUGGCGCGGCCCGCUGUGUCAGAUCCCUGUCUGUGAGCAGAAGUGUCCUCCCGGCGGUCGAUGCGUCCGACCCAACGUCUGCGCCUGUCGGAGCGGGUCGCUCUGCUCCAGAAGGGUGAGAACAGGGGAGGCUUUCAUUUUUGGUAUCGGGGGACUCGGCGUCCCGUCACUUAGACACUGAAGACAAAUCCGGCCGAUUCCGGCCCGCUCUCGGCCAUUUUUCUUGUUGAUUUUUCGUGCCUUUCUAUUCCAGUUCCCUCUUGGCCAAGGAUGAGACCCUUUAGAGCCGAACCUACGUAGUGGUUCUCUCCAGUAAUCUGCCUCCGUGAGAUUGGAAACACUUCUGAGCUCCAAUAUUGACGGACAUCGCAGAGUCAGUUCCCCCUGCUUCCGGUCUUUGUGCUAAGCUAAGCUAAGCUAAUGAGACCCUAACUAGACCUCCUGCAGACCGACUGUAUGAGUAUUUAUUUAUUUGCUGCAUAUUUCUUGGUGUGUGUGUAUAUAUUGUAAUCACUGUAUUAUGUGUCUUUUCUCAUUAAGGCAUUGUUUAUUGGGGGUUUUGUAAGAAAACAAAUAAAUAUUCUUUUAAGGUU